AGGGCGGAAGGGGCAGAACGCGUCGCGUUACGGCCGCCUAGAGCCCGGCUCCGUCAUUGCUGCUCAGAAGGACUCACAAUGAACAGACCUGUUGAGGGCUGGUGCGGCCCGAAUGGGCUGGUAAGAUGGCGUGGCUGCAGGACCAUCACGCUCCACCAGAAGCACAACGAUGGCGUGUUUGUGUCUUUUCUUGUCAGAUCUCCCAUGGAUAUGUCACCGACUGCUUUAUCGAAAGGUCAGCCGCAUGACUGACUGAUGGCAGGCACGGCAGUGAAGGAGAGGCAAUCAGGCGGGCAAGGAAUGUGAGUGUAUCUCCGCUGUGUGUCGGUGUCGGUAUCGCUGCAGCUGCAUCGCGUUGUGGUAUUUGUUGAGUCUGGUACUGUUUGUGGUUCGGUGGUUUGAGCUGCACACAUCAGCCAUCUCCAGCCCGCCAGACAGGUACGCACCCGAGGCAGUCGGUCAGCCAGCUGAGCUGCCUGUGCGCGCGUGGAUCAAGUCAAGUUGGUGGAUGGAUGCAUCGGCAGGUCGCCGGUCCACGUGGCCAAGAAGACCUUCUGCGGGCUCAUGUGCGGCCUCUCUGCGGUAAGUAUGUGCGGUGGGAUGUGGCCGGCCGGCCGGCACGUGACGUGUAUGUGCUGCCCUGGCUUUGUGUGUUUUGUGUGUAUAGGUGUUGGCCCUGCUGUCGUGGUUCAAGCCGGCCUCCCCACCAUAUAUCCAAUUCUCCUGGACACUCCACCUCGUCCUAUGGGUGGGGGCAGACAGACAGACAGACAGACAGGAAUGCAUGCGUGUGUCUGUUCUGUGCACUUGUCUCUACCUCUGUGUGCUGUCAGGGUUUUUCCUUGGUGCUCUGCACAAUGGAGUAUCAGCGGUUCCUGCCGCAGUCGUGGCUGGGGCUGCGCGGAUUCUGGCUGGUGGGCGGGGUGGAGGGCAUCUGGCGGGCGGGCAUCUUCGUCCUGGCCUUCACCGUCGGCCUCAUGCCGCCCGGCUGGGCCAUCCCGCGGGCAUCCGACCCCUUCCCGGAGCUGCCCGUCAGGUCGUCACUCUUCCUCUGGACGGCCUGCAUCAUCCUCCUCACAUCCAUCUGCGAGGUACGUGGGGUGGGGCUGGGCGGAGUGUGGGUGGGUAGGUGAGGAUGGAUCAUCAAUCGACGUGAUCUGUCUGUCUGUCCGCCUGGCUCUCUACAGAUAGUGCUGGCGUGUCUGUCCUUCUACCAGCCUGCGGACAUCCCUUUGGCCCUGCUGCCCCUCAUCACACGACUCAACCGCGGCGAACCCACCGUCCUGCUGCCAAGAGUGCCCGACCUGCUCGACCGAGUCACCGUCGACCACCCAGGGGCAGUGCGAUACGGCGGUGCUGACCAGACAUCGUUGCCGCCGCAAGCUGUGGAUGUCUUUGCUAAGGGGGAUGCUGAGGGUGUUUUUGGUGGUGGUUGUGGUGGUGGUGGAGGUGGUGGUGGAGGUGGCAGUGGCGGCGAGAGGUUGCCGCUAAAGCUGCAUGUGGCCCUGUCGAAUGUGGUGCUGCAGACGGACCCGGUGCAGCAUCGAAUACAUGCCGAGUGAGUGAAUGGUGGGCGGGGGAGGAGACGGGGCAUUGGCAUAGGUGUAUGUGUGUUUGGUUGGUGGUGGUUGGUGUAGGUACAAGAUGCUGCUUCGACUGGAGGGCGAGCAGCGGCCGAGAGUGUCCUUCAAACGGUCAGCCAAGCACACACACGCAUGGACAGAAGGAGCAGAGCUGAUUGUUGCGUCUGUCUGUGUCCAUGUGUGUGUAUGUUGUGUAGGUAUGCUGACUUCGCGGCGUUGAACAGCGUGUUCCAGUCGCAGUUCAACCGCGACCGCUACCCCGAGCUGUACGCCAGACUGCCGCACCUGCCGCCAAAGGAACCUUUCAGACAGGUAGGCCCACGCCUUCCGCAUUCCGUUGGGUUUGAUCUGGUCAUAUCAUAUGUGUGUGUGUGUGUCCCUGUCUGUGCUGUGCAGGAAACACUGAGCCCGGCAUUUCUCGACCAGCGGCGACGAGGGCUCGAGGCGUACAUUCGGGUGAAAGCGGGAGAGAAACCAGCUGUGCACCAUUGUCUGUGAGUGAAUGGGGUCGUUUCUUAAUUUGUAUGUUUGUUCAGGUGAUAGUGCAGCAGGAGGCCUUCUGGCUGCCGGAGCUGCUCAACUUCCUGGGGCUCAGUGUCAUCGAGCAGCGGCCAUUCACCGAAGCGCACAAGGAGGCCAUCAAACGGUCAGCAAGCCACUCCACUCAGCCAGCACCACACCAACACACACACAUACACACACGUGCUGCAGGUUUGAGCCCGACAACCCCCUUCGGCUGCGGAAGCCCUCUGACGAGACCUACUCAGAGGCUGCGUCAAUCGACGUGGCCCAGGACGAUAUCCCAUCGCCACUCGAGAGAGAGAGGGAGGGCAGUCCCCCCCGCCACACAGCAGCAGCAGCGGCACCAUCGGCUGCUGCUGCAGCAGCGGCCGAGGAGCAGAUGCUGAUGCAGCCCGACCAACAAAUCGUCUUGACGUCCUCUGCGCAGCUGUCGUCGUCUGCGUACUCCCAUGCACACGAGGGAGAGAAGGGCGGCGUGGGUGUGGGUGUUGGUGGGGGAGUGGGUGUGGGUUACAGUGUGGAGGGGCCUGGCGGGCCGAUUCCUGUGCGUGUGAGCAUCGACCGCUACAAGCUGGUGCAGGAGGGGACGCCUGGGGUGGUGCCGUAUGUCAUAUACGAGGUGGUCACGAGCACCAUGCACCGGACAUCCACCGUCGUCAAGAGAUACCGGUGAGGUGCGAAUGGGUGUGUGCGUAGCUAAGAGCAGAGGAGACACACGGGCGGCGGUGUUGUGAGAUCGUCUCUCUAUCUUUCUUUGUGUGUGUGUGUGUGUGUGUCUGUGUGUGUGUGCAGUGAGUUCGACAUCUUGUUCAAGAAGCUGCAUCGCAUUUUGGAGGUGUCGCCGCCCAAGCUGCCCGGCAAGUUCUACACCAUGAAGCGCGACCACUGGUUCUACGAGAAACGAAAAGCUGACCUGACCGACUGGCUCAACCAGGUCUUUCAGACACCCCCUCCCCUCCCCCUCGCCCCCUCCCUCUUGACACGCAUCGACGCCUCUCUGUCUGUCUGUCGGUCUGUCUGUCUGUCUGUCGGUCUGUCUGUCUGUCUGUCUGUAUGUGUGUUGGUGCAUAUCUACAGGUGGUGCAGGACGCCGCGUGUGCCUCGUGUCCUGACUUGUGGGAGUUCCUGCAGAUCCCCAUGAAUGAGGUCCCACGGCCAACGGCCUCCUCACCGAGCGGCGACACACACGCAUGGGCGCGGAAGGCCUCGUCGGGCAGCGAGUCGAUCUCUCUGCCAAGGUGGGUGGGUUGGUGGGCCUGCGGGAGGGAAGGAGGCAACGCACACAAGACACAUAGGUACACAAUGGGGGCUGGUGUCUGUAUGUGUGUGGGGGGGGUUUGGUGUCAGUAUGGCGAUGGAGUCGGAGGGCGCCGCUGAAAUGUCCCGCCGGGUGCAGCAGCCGGGCACUGCCGAUGUGUUAGGUGAGUGGACCUCUCUCUCUGUGUGUGUGUGCGGCUGUCUGUGCGAGCAUCAGCGAGGUCGUGUGAGUGUCCGUGUGAUGUCUGUGUGAUUGAUAUACUAGAGCGCACAACCACCGCCCGUCCUUCGUUCCUCACAGCUGAGCCCAAGAGCGCGCCAUCGCCCCCGCUGCUUUCUCGGCCACCUGGCAGCUCUACAGAGCCAGUGCAGGAGUGGCACGUAAGGCUUAUGUGAUGGAGGGAUGGAUGGGAUGCAUGGGCACCCACACCGACAGUGGUCAUGUUGGCUGUGUGGUGUGUGAUGGUGUGCAGGUGCGUUGCCGGAUGUGGCAGACGGUGACGGUGCAUCAGGAGAAGGACACUGCGUACGCCCUGCAGCUGUACCGGUGCAAGCCCACCGGCGUCAAGACAUGGGCCAUCGAGCGACCCUACAGACGAUUCGAGGUCGGUUCGCCCGUCUGUUUGUCUGUCUGUGUGUCUAUGGUGUGUGUGGUGCGUGUGUGGUGUGGUGUGUAUGUCAGGAGUUGCACUGGGAGCUGGCCAAGAAGUUCUCGUCCCCGGCCACGGGCAUGUCCCUCCUGCCGCCCUUCCCACAGAGGGGCUUCACCCUACUCGCCACACGAGCAGCACGUAAGCCAAGCCAAGCACUCCUUCCCUCCCCCCCCACACACACCCUCUCUGCCCAUCCCAUGUGCACCACAGAGGACCGAGAGAAGGAGGAGCGGGGCCGUCGUCUGGAGGCGUAUCUGACGGCCAUCCUCCAGUCGUACGAGACGUUCAAGUGUCCCGCACUGGACCUGUUCCUGGCGGAGCCGAUGCAGCACGCCACCGUGGCCGAGGGGAACGAGCAGCAGGAGGCCGGGGUGAGCAGCUUCGCCAUGACGGAGGAGCAGCAGCAGCAGCAGCAGACAGGGGAGGGUGAGGGUGAGGGUGAGGGUGAGGGGCGGGGGUGAUGAUGCGAGCCGUAGACAGAGAGGUAGGUAGACAGAGAGUGUGGUAGGAAGACUCUAGUUGGUGGAUGGGAUAUAUGGGCUUUGUGGUGAGGGAGGGGAGGUGGAUGUCUGCCUGUCUGCCUGUUUUUCGUGCGUGUGUCUAUGCUAUGGGCCGAGGUUGUGUGUGCCAUGCCAUGCCGUUGGUUGGUGUGUGUAUCUGUGGACACGAAGAACAAACGGAAGGAAAGCAGCUUAGCUUCACCGUCAAGAACGCAUACG